UUCAUAAUUAACAUAUAUAAUAUGUAAUAUAUUCUACCUUGGAAGCACUUAGUUUUCAUAUCUAUAUAACCAACUCAAGUUCUGAACUAUCCUCAGUCAAAAUAGUUGGCAUUGCUUUUUAAAACAAAUUGAAAAUUGUACAAGUUUUAUACAUUGCCUACAGCCAUUGAUACCAUUUUUGUGAUAUAAAGUUUUUCAAGUAUUUUUCUAUUCAAAAUUCAAAGUUAAAAAUUAAAACUUUUAGAAAAAUUAUGUCUGAGAUUUUAGAGAAUCAGAAGGAAGACAAUGAAUCGGACGAAAAGGAGCUUAAGGUGCCAAACGAAAAUGAUUACAACCAUUUCACAAAUAGCGCCAGUAGCACCGAUCUGUUUUUUGAAAAUUCCAUGAAGCUGCAAUACGAACUGCCUUUGCCCCUUGAAGAACCCUUUGACCUCCGAGUGGGAAACUUUGAUAAUGUUCUUGAUCAAAUCAAUGGCGUCAAUAGAAAUUUGACAAAAAAUCUAAUGCCGAUGAUAUCAGUUAGUCAAGUGGAAUGCUUAUUGGAUCCGAAGGGAACCAAGAAGUCGGCAUUAGAACAAGCCUGGUUUGAUUCUCCGGGAACACCACGUUCAUUUCUUGCUGAAGAGAUGAUGACUUUAUUGAAAACUAGCAUAAAACCCAAUUUGACAGUUAUAGUAGAGGGAAAGUAUUUUAGGUGCCACUCUAUGGUUCUUGGAUUGCUAUCGACCCUCUUCCAUCGCCAGGAUUGGGCCCAUACACAUAUUUUCCAGCUGCCCUCAUCGAUAAUUACCGCCCGAGCCUUUGCUUCCAUGUAUCGUUGGGUUUUGGAGCCAUGCGAUCAUAUGUCCUUCGAUCUCCUAUUGGAGAUUUUCUACGCUUCCCGUUUCUUCGGUUGCCAAGAUAUCAUCGACAAUUUAUGGAAUGGAGUCGAUGAAGGUUCUCGUACUCCGGAAGGAGCAUUAUACUUAUAUAUAGGCAGCAUUAAGCUAGGACUUCAUCUAGAGGAGAGUCUGCUAUCGCGAUUGGGCAGUAUGUUUCUUCUAUUUGUCGGUAGCCAGGAAUUUUUGCUUCUCGAGAUGAACACAGUAAAGAGAUUCCUAGAUUUGCCCUCACUGGCUGUUAACUCGGAAUUGGAGGUUUUUUAUUCCUUAAUAAUUUGGCUGAAUUACAAGUGGCCACAGCGUAAAGAAUUCGCAUUUAAUAUGAUAAGUGCCAUACAUUUUGACCUAAUGCCUUUCUUGUUCCUAAUGGCAAUUGUAGGUGAAAUGAAAUGUGGUCCUCCAGUUAUCCAAAUGUUGCUGACUAGUCCGGAAAUUCGAGUGCAAGCUUUUGAAUCCAUGAAAAAAAUAAAGAAAUAUAAGUAUAGGUAUCUGGGACGUUUUGGGGAUUUUUCCCGCAACUGGAUCUACGACUAUCGAGCGCCCCAUCAUCAUGGGGUUAAUUGCAAGCAGAUUCAGUACUACGAAUUAGACUCUUUUUUGAGUUAUAUUAAAUGGCUGCAGACCGCUGGUAUAAAUCACUUGCUCGCUGUACGUGCCAUUGAUGAUCCCAAAAUAAGAUGCUGCCCAUUCCACGAAAGACCUUAAUUUGUAUGUAAUCUAGCAAUUAAAAGGUCUAGGAACUUGUAAUAUAAUCCAUCCAACUUGAGUUUUAUAAGUGUGGUUUGUGCAAUAUAUUAAUCUGGUUACACAGAAAACCUUCACUAAGAGCUGUAUCAGACAAUUUAUGGGUUCUAUAAAAUGUGAAUUUCUUGGCAAUUUUUCUGCAUUAACGUUACUUUAACAUUCACAGAUCAUUUUAAAUAGAAUGUGAUAGUUUUAAACUACUAUAAGAUUCGAAAUUAAUUAUUGAAAAUCACAUCCCCCUUUCAUCGACACACCCCUGUUAGUUUUCGGGUUUAAUAAAAU